AUGAUUCUUCUUGCUGUCCUUUUUCUCUGCUUCAUUUCCUCAUAUUCAGCUUCUGUUAAAGGUCACACAACUGGUCUCUCAUUAAACAAUGAGCGGCUGUACAAACUCACAUACUCCACUGAAGUUUUUCUUGAUCGAGGCAAAGGAAAACUCCAAGACACUGUGGGAUACCGAAUUUCAUCCAAUGUGGAUGUUGCCUUAUUGUGGAGGAAUCCUGAUGGUGACGAUGACCAACUAAUCAAAAUCAUGAUAAACGAUGUAAAUGUGGAAAAUGUCAAUCAGCAGAGGGGACAGAAGAGCAUCUUCACGGGAAAAAAUACACUCAAAAUCAUAGGAAAGGAAAACUUGGAAGCUCUGCAAAGACCUGUGCUCCUUCAUUUAAUGCAUGGAAAGGUCAAAGAGUUCUACUCCUAUCAAAAUGAGCCAGUGGCCAUAGAAAAUCUCAAGAGAGGCCUGGCUAGCCUAUUUCAGAUGCAGUUAAGCUCUGGAACCACCAAUGAGGUAGAUAUCUCUGGGGACUGUAAAGUGACCUACCAAGCUCAUCAAGACAAAGUGACCAAAAUCAAGGCCUUGGAUUCAUGCAAAAUAUCAAGAUCUGGAUUUACUACCCAAAAUCAGGUCUUGGGUGUCAGUUCGAAAGCAACAUCUCUUGCUACCUAUAAAAUAGAAGAUAGCUUUGUUAUAGCUUUGACUGCAGAAGAGAUACACACGUUUGGACUGAAUUUCCUACGAACUGUUACAGGCAAAAUAGUUUCAAAGCAGAAAUUAGAGCUGAAGACGACUGAAGCAGGACCAAGACUGAUGCCUGGAAAGCAAGUGGCAGCCGUAAUUAAAGCAGUUGAUUCAAAGUACACGGCCAUUUCCAUUGUGGGGCAGGUCUUCCAGAGCAAGUGUAAAGGAUGCCCAUCUCUCUUGGAGCGUUGGCAGUCCACCAGAAAGCACCUACUCCCUGAAAACCUCUCCAAGGCUGAGGCAGUCAGAAGCUUCCUGGCCUUCAUUCAUCACCUCAGGACAGCAAAGAAAGAAGAGAUCCUCCAAAUUCUAAAGAGUGAAAACAAAGAAGUACUACCCCAGCUGGUGGAUGCUGUCACUUCUGCCCAGACUCCAGACUCGUUAGAAGCCAUUUUGGACUUUUUGGAUUUCAGAAGUGACAGUAGCAUUAUCCUCCAGGAGAGGUUUCUCUACGCAUGUGGAUUUGCCUCCCACCCCAAUGAAGCACUCCUGAAAGCCCUCAUUGUAAGUCAAAUGGACACUCAAAAAAUUCUCGUGGUCAAAGCCAAGAAGUUAAUUCUGGGAGGACUUGAAAAAUCAGAGAAAAAAGAGGACACUACAAUGUACCUGCUGGCCCUGAAGAACGCCCUGCUUCCAGAAGGCAUCCCUCUGCUUCUGAAGUACGCAGAGGCAGGAGAGGGGCCAGUCAGUCACAUCGCUACCACCACUCUCCAGAGAUACGAUGCCCCUUUCAUAACCAAUGAGGUGAAGAAGACUUUGAACAGAAUAUAUCACCAGAAUCGUAAAGUUCAUGAAAAGACUGUGCGUACUACUGCAGCUGCUAUCAUUUUAAAUAGUAACCCAUCCUACAUGGAAGUGAAAAACCUCCUGCUUUCUAUUGGGGAGCUUCCCAUGGAAAUGAGCAAAUACAUGCUCAACAUUGUCCACGACAUCCUACGUUUUGAAAUGCCUGCAAGCAAAAUUGUUCGCCGAGUUCUGAAGGAAAUGGUUGUUCACAAUUAUGACCGUUUCUCUAAAAGUGGGUCCUCUUCUGCCUAUACUGGCUACAUAGCACGUGAUCCCCAUUCGGCAUCUACAUAUAGCCUUGAUAUUCUUUACUCUGGUUCUGGUAUCCUAAGGAGAAGUAACCUGAACAUCUUUCAGUACGUUGGGAAGGCUCAUCUUCAAGCUAGCCAGGUGGUCAUUGAAGCUCAAGGACUGGAGGCCUUAAUUGCAGCCACUCCUGAUGAGGGGGAGGAGGACCUUGACUCCUAUGCUGGCCUGUCAGCCAUACUUUUUGAUGUUCAGCUUAGACCUGUCACCUUUUUCAGUGGAUACAGUGAUUUGAUGGCCAAAAUGCUGUCAGCAUCUAGCGACCCUGUCAGUGUGGUGAAAGGACUUAUUCUGCUAAUAGAUCAUUCCCAGGAGAUUCAGUUGCAAUCUGGACUAAAGGCCAACAUGGAAGUUCAGGGUGGUCUAGCUAUUGAUAUUUCAGGUUCAAUGGAGUUUAGUCUGUGGUACCGUGAGUCCAAAACCCGUGUGAAAAACCGGGUGGCCAUGGUAGUAAUUGGUGACAUCACAGUGGACUCCUCUUUUGUGAAAGCCGGCCUGGAUAUCAGUACAGAAACGGAAGCAGGGCUGGAGUUCAUCUCCACCGUGCAGUUUUCUCAGUAUCCAUUCUUAGUAUGCAUGCAAAUGGACAAGGAUGGAGCUCCGUUCAGGCAAUUCGAGACAAAGUAUGAAAGGCUGUCCACAGGCAAAGGUUAUGUCUCUCGGAGAAGAAAAGAAAGGCUAGUAGCAGGAUCCGAAUUCCCACUCCAUCAAGAGAACUCUGAGAUGUGUAAAGUGGUGUUUGCCCCUGAACCAGAGAGUACUUCAAAUGGUUGGUUUUGAACCUGAUCGGUGACAUUUCACUUCCGUCUGUCUCCCUGGAAGGGAUAUCCUGUGAAGCGUCUAAGUACUUGCUCUCUGAGAGCACUGUGUUUACAUAUUUACCUGUAUUUAAGAGUUUUGUAAAAAGUUACGAAAAACUUCAAAGGAUAAAAUUUGGGACUAUUCAUAUACUACCUAGAAUGUCAUUUUGAGUCAACAUAUGUGACACUUCUAACAACAUUUGUACUUUUCUUGUACCGCUCUCAAACCCCGUUUGGUACAGCAAGAAUAGUUCUGCUCUAAGAACAAAAUAUUGUUUGUAAAAAAACAAAAACAAAAAAACGCUCAAGAGAAGCCAAUUUUGCUUCAACAAUUUUCAGUCAAUGUGUAUGAAGACAUUUUUUGAUAGAACAUUAAACGUGACUUGCCUUCUACCAAACAUGUUGCCUAAUCAGGAAAAAACAGGCUAUUUUUUUUUCUUCUUUUGUGGGG